GAAAAACGCGAGUGAAUGGAAAAAACCAAAAUUUUGUUUUAUAUAUUCUAAAAAUAAAAUUUGCGCAAUAAAAACGCAUAGUGUGUACAUUAAAUAAAGGCAAUCAAAACUCCAAAUGUGAAAAAAGUGAAUUAAAAAGAACUUGUAAAUCAGCUGAUCACUUUGCAAUGCCUUUUCUAGUGGACCAGGCUGUAGCAGCAGCAGCAGCAAAAGAAUAGGAAGCAACAACAAGGAGGAACUGAAAAAAAUAUUUUGCUGUGUUGUACAAGAAUAACAACAACCAGCCAACCUUACGUUUUAAUCGUCUCAUUCGCUCACUCUUUUUGCCCCAGUAUCUCUCGGCGGUCUAUCUAUCUCGGUCCUUGCUAACUCAACUCGCGCUUAACUUGCUGCUAACAUCGUUGUUGUUUUUUUUCUUAUACUGUGUUUUUUAUUUUAACACAUAUAUAUUUUUUUAAAUGUGCGUGUGUGUUAAAUUUUUUUAGUUUAAAAAUUUUCUCUUUACUUCUGUGGUACUGCUGUUGAAAAUAAAAAUUAUAUACCUAUACUAAAUUUCAGUUAAAACGACAUUAAGCUAAACCUUUACCUCAUUCGAGGGGCAAAAGAAAUGAAAAGAAAUUAAUGAAAAGGAAUACCAACCAACCAAUCAACAUUACCAACAACAACAACAAACAAAGAAAGCUAUGCCGUUUGCCUUAUUCAGGUACAACGCGGGAGUAUACCUUAAACAUGACGGUUAUGUAUUUUAUCGCCUGAAAUGUGCGGUUUAUUUACGUUGGUGAGAGACAAUUUCCCCACAUGUUGAAAUUUCGUCAAGACCACGAGACAACAAAGGAUCUCAUAAAAACCUUACACGCACACACAAAAUGAGAAGAGUUGCAACAACGUCUAUGACAUAAAAAGGUUGCUGCACACAUAUGCCCACUACUACUCUUUAUUUUGUAGUUAUGUAUGUAUGUAUGUGCAGUAGCAAAUGUGCGGAUGUCAUCGUAACACUCAAUUAUAACAAAGAAAUUCCCUCUCAAAAAGUGAGUUUUUCGUAACCGUCGGGGAUUUGUAAACCACAUAGUUGUCAGUUUGCUAAAACCUAUCGAUCGAUCGGAUUUUAAAACUUAACGUAACUAAAUUUAAAUCAACAGUUACAACCACGUUAUUUCCUCGGAGUGAAGAGAGAGCGAUAAAAUCCACUAAAUGAAACGACUGUCUAAAGCGGUACUUCAAGUCCGUCAUUAAGGAUGUUUGGAAUACCUACAACAACUACAAAAAGAGAAUAGAGCAAGGAAGCAACACUGCCAAACACCUAUCCAACACAAUAGCAACAACAACAAACCCCAAACUGGCUUUCUUCAAAGUCAUACUUCUAUAUUUGUUGAUGUUCUACGACAAGAACAACAACAACAACAACCACAGCUAAAAUAAGCCUUAGGAAAGCUGGAUUUUAAAAAUAAGCACAAUUUUAACUUUAAAGAUAGCCUCCUCUACCACACAACAACAGUAACAACAUCAAGAUGUUGUACGUUUUUCAUGUCGACGUGGGUCGCAUGCUGAAUUUCGAUAUGACGGUCGCCCUGUCGUCCGUUGAGAAUCUAAAAGACACCAUUGAACGCCUGCAUGGCAUACCAGCUGUGAAUAUAGUCCUGCUGGUGAGUGGUGGUGAAAUGUUAACAUCUUCCACACAGGUCUCUUAUUACUCAGCCGGCACGGAUACAAAUCCUAUUUAUAUGUUUUUAACGGGCGAUGUCAAAUUGCCACCCAUUAUGCCUCCUGUGGAAGCGGAUUUGGAUUUGCGCGAGCAAGUAGAGCGUAGCCUUGAACUGCCGCCGGUAUAUGAUACUGUGGUGAAACGGGCGCAGAUAGCGUCACGCAUGCAUGAUUUGGCCAGAGAUGAGGAACGCAUGUGCGAGCGUCUCGUACAUGAGCAACAUUUACAACAGCAGGGAUGGUCGGCGGUAGUGGCCAAUAUGGAAGAUUUAACCGAGGAGUUUCGACAGCGAUUUCGUACUUUCUGCGAGGCCUUUGAUACGCAUUUAAAGAAGAGAUCCUCCUAUCUGGAGUUACUGAGGAAUUUUGCCGAUGAUUUAACAAAGCUAUCGCGCAUUCCUAUAUUGCCAGGGCUGAUGCCUUUGGCUGAGGCAGACUUUCAUGGUUUCGAUGAGUUCUUAGAAAACGAUGAUGUUUUCUCACGUUCAACGAACGCCCAAGAGUCUGUAUUAUUGGCUGGUGCUAAUCCAGAUGCAGAUGGAGCAGCAUCGGCAGAGGAUACAGUGUCCGGUGUUCAGAAGCCUGUGGAAAACGCAAAUGUGGGAGAAAGUGCGACUGGUGGAAGCUCCUCCGAUAAUCGAGAUGACAAAUCUACUUCAUCCACUUCUACUUCGCCCAACAAGAAGUUGAAGAUGGGCACAGACUCCAAUGAGGAGCGUAUUUCGCAAACCUCCCAGACAUCGACAUCUUCCACGGCACGCAGGCUUAAUCUCCUACAAUGGAUUACUUCCAAAGAAAAUCACAACGCCUUGAAGACCAUGUCUGAUGAGUGUGUCCAAGGUCUGGGCACUUUCAACGAGGACGUAUACGAAAAGUUAAAACACGAAGUACAGAACAUAAUUAAACUUGCCGAGCAGGGAGAUGUCAAGGAAAUCAAGGGCUUGGGGGAACGUCUUUGCAAACUGGAAGAGUUCAAAUAUAAAAUAAAAAGUAUGGUCAAGGAUCAGCGUGAACUGUCCACAGCCUUCCAGCAAAAUCAAAACAGGGCCAUUAACCUCAGAGAUGCUUCAAUUUUACCCGAUCUAUGUGCCUCGCAUCAAUCUCAGCUAUUGGUUAUGUUACAGAAUCACCAAAAGAUUCGGGAUCAUCGUAGGUGUAUAGCCAAGGCAAAGGACGAAUUGGGAUCGAACCUGUAUGCCCGCCUGAAACGCAUUGUGUACAUCGAAAAUGCCAUGAGUGAAUUCGACAACCGCCUGCUGUUUUAUUUGCGGUGCCUGCGGAGAGCUGAGCGCCAUAUACACAUCAUAGAUCAGAUCCAUCAGGCGCCAAAUAUGUAUGUGGCCGCCGUAACGGAGGUUAUGCGACGCAAAAUAUUUUCCUCUGAGUUUCGCUUGUGGGCCUCAAAGUUGGCGGAAGAUUUCGAUGGCAUCCACAGUGAGGAAAUGAAGAGACGCCAACAGUUUAAUGUGAACUUUGAGGGGCACUUUCUCAAUAUUUUAUUUCCUGGCAUGACAGACAUGCCACCGGCCUUUGCCAAUGAGUAUCCGCUGGUGUUUGAUGCACGUCUUCCCAACAUCACCAAAUCCGAUAUAGAUGUUCUUACAACACAUUUACCCGAAAUGGCCUCGCAGAUACAGUUACCCGACAUGGAACCUGUGAUAUAUUUUUUUGUUUCUCGUUCGGGAACGCAUCAGCGGGAACGAUUUGAAGAAUUGCUCAAACAAAAGCAAAACGAGUCCGAAAUGCACGAUUGCUUGAAGCUACUUUCGGCAGAGGACGUAGAACAAACUAACGCAACCUCCUCCUGCAAAGUCUCUGCCAUGCAGACGAGUGGGAAAAUGUUGACCAAUCCUCGCGUAAAUGAGCUGCGUAAAGCGGAUGCUACGGCCGCGGGCGGCGAUGAGUCGGAAACUGACACUGAAACCGAGUUUGAGCAGGUGACCGCACUCAGCAACCAGCAAUCGGUGGCCACUUCAACAACGGAAAAUCAAUUCCAGCUACAAACAAUAGCCAAGAGUACCAUAACCGAUGAAAUACUUAUGCAAAGUGCAGAAACCCUAACGGAGGAGAACGCAGAAACACUCCGAGUGGAAGUUAUACGUAUGAGGGCUAUGUUAGGGGCAAUGUCUAAAUUGGCUUUGGACUGUAUACAAUUGGCUAGAACUAACCUGCAGACUUUCCGCGAGGAGACAAUGACACAAAAAGAGGAUCUGCACUCCGAAUUGCAAAAUCUAAACGACAAAUGGAAUGUCAUACGAAUGCAAUGCGAGGCCAGAGAACAAGAAAUCUCCAGAGAAAUGGAAAAAGGCGAACAGGAUAUGUUGAUGCUGGCAAAGGAGCUGGAGAAGCGCAGUGCCGAAUUGCAAGCGGAGAGAGAACAGAAUCGUGAGAUGGCCACAAUGCGCAUAAAAUGUGCCACUCUGGAGGCUCAAUUAGAAGAGUUGCGUGAGAAAUUGAAAUUUGUUGAUGCGGAACGAAAUCAGGCUGUGUCUGAAGCACGGGAAAAACUUAUACAUGAACAUAAAACUGAAAUAGAAUCACUGCGUCAGCGUUUUAAGCUUAUGACAUCAAUGGAAAAAUAUCCCUCUGAUCAGAACUUGGAUGCGCCCACAACAAGUGAACGAUCGUCAUUGGAACAGCAGCAUGUCAUUGACAAGACACAGCACGAGAGCGUUUUAAAACAAUUGCGCAUGGAGUUGGAAGCUGAAAAAGAGAGAGCCAUAGCGGCCGCCAUUGAAAUGGCGAAAAUAUUCCCAUUAAAUUCAGAAUCUGUGAUGGCUAACGUUACUGUCCUUAAGCAAAUGCUCGAGGAAAAAGAAAGGCAAUUGGAACAAUUGCGUGAAAAAGAUCUCAUGUUAACUAAAGAAAAUUACCAACUAAAAACGCGCCUGGAUGCGCUCACCAAUGAGGAAGGCAACAGUUGGCUAAAGGAGAAAAUCGAUUAUUUGCAUCGUGACAAAUGUCGUCUAGAGGAGGAACUAAAUCAAGAAAAAUCGAAACGCUUAGAGAUGGAAACAUCAGUUGCUGCUCUGAGGGGGUCCACUCAUGAACAAGCUGUUAUACCCCAUUCCCAAUCAAGUGGCUCUAGUCAUAAAUUUAUUGUUUUAGAAGGCUGCACCAAGGGUGAUUUGGUGUUUGUGGUUUGGAGCUUGCGUCAUGGACAGUUUAUGGUGGUCCAAGAUUCGCCCAGUUUAUAUUUUGUCCAUGGCGAUAGUUUGGCAGCUUUAAAUUUGGGUUUACCGGACAAUAGUGAUGAACCUACAAUACCGCUGCCUUAUUAUGCCAUAGGACGUGUGAUUGACAAGCAGUAUUGUCAGGCACGCAAGGAUGAAAAUCGUUAUCGUGUCAAAAAAGGCUCCAAAUUCUAUCGUAUCAAAUUAGCACCAUUGAUGUCCAGGCAAUCUAUGAGACGUGAACGUGUAGAAUACUUCACUAUGUCAAUCAGCCGUUCUAUAUCACAGUGCGAGACUCAUAACUAUGCAGCUCUAGCACCAGCAUCCUCAUCUUCAUUGUCAGCAACAACGUCGAUGACUGUCACAACAUCAAUUAAUGCUGCUACAGCAAACGAUAUUGUGGAUGGAUUAAGUGGUGCCGAAGCACUGCCUCCCUUAGCUACAUCGCCCAUAACUGUUAUAACGACCACAGCCAGUCAGUCUAUGGCGAAUAGUGCUGGUGGAACACCAAUGUUAGCAUUCAAGGAGCGUACAAUGAGCAUCACAAGCGUAACAGAAGAAGACGAUGAACCGAUAUCGUUGCUCAGUGAUCGUUGUCGUUACAUUAGUGUAAGUGAAGAAGAUGAGAAUGCUAUAGCCGAGAUGGUGGAAGAGACAAUGGCGGGGAUAAUGACGACGACAGCAACAGUAGCAGCAGCAACUGCUCCAACAUUAGGAGCAGUAGUAACAGCAACAAAUUUGCAACCAACUGUGAUAACAGAGCAGCCAACAGCAACAGCCAGCAAAUUGGAAUUAGAUUUAAUGUUGGCCUCUGCUGAUAUAAAUACUACAACAGAUACACCAUACACCAUAACAAUAGAGCCGACUGGUGAAGCGGAAGAAAACACUGUGACAAACAUUAAUAAUAACACCGUCUGCUCCUCGUCCUCCUCCUCCUCCUUAAACACCAAUACAGCAGCGAGCACAUUGGCAGCAUUAAAUAUGCCUGAAGUAGUAGGCGGUAAUAGAGACGACGAUGAUGUUGAUGCAGCUAGCACAUUUAUGCCACAAAUUAUGGUACCUUCUAUGGAAACAUUGCAUCAUCAACAGCAAUUAUCGGCCACAACAACAGCAGCUAUCUUUAUAUCACCACCACCACCACAACCAUCAUCAUCAUCACCAUCGGAAAUGGCGGAGAAGAGCUCUCCAUCUAUACCAACAUCAAUUGGUACCACCACAAGUGAGGAUUCGGAUGAAUAUAGAUCUUUGGAACCUAAAGAUGAUCAGGAUUUUCCGAUAUCCGAAUAGUGUUGAAAUUCAUCAUUUCAAUGCUAUAUGCUCUUGAUAUUGCUACAACUAUUGCCACGGCUCCCAUGGAUGAUGGAGGUGGCAAAAGUAGCAAAGAUGCUGAACAUGGUGAUGAUGAUGAUGAUGAUGAUCAUCAUCAGCAUUAAGUUAAUGGUGAUGGCAAAUAUGCUGACCAACAACAAUAUGAAUACUAUAGUAAUUAAAAUAAAGGUCGAUGAUUCUCUUGUAACUGUUAAAAGCAGAAACAAAACCACACAAAAAAGAAAGAAAUGCCUAUUACUCACUCUACUAUAGCUACUACUACUCCUUUAAUGUUGUGCGCUGCUAUACUUUCAAUGUUUACCCUCCUCCCCCCCUUCCCCCCACAACCCAUUAAAACAAAUAUAGACCAUCAAAGAAAAUCACAAAAACAUUAUAAUAAUAAUGAUAUAUACAAUAAUAUAUGGAUAGUGCUAACAAUACAACAAAUUUAAGAAGGACCCUUUUCCUUUACGAUCCUGUGACAAAGAAAUUCAAAGUAGCUGUUUAAUUAUAAUCAAAAAAAAAAAAAAAUAAUAAAUAAUAAAAAAAAAGAAAAAAUAUGCCAGAAUUAUUUUGCAAUUCUCUAUCUCUUGUCCAAUUUUAUGAAUUAAUACAAAACAACAAUAACAACAACAAACACAAACAACUAACGGAGACACUCAACAAAUGGUUAAACCUUUUAUUCCCUCUUUAAAUUUAAUAUCUAACGAAAAAUUAUGAUAUAGUGAUGAAACCCAACACACACACACACAUACACAACACACAACUCUGCUCUACACAUAACCUGUCUGAUACUAAGCUGUAUGUAGUUUUUUACAUAAUUUGUCGGGUUAAAUCCUUUAUAAAAGGAUAUUUGACAGUUUUUAGAAUAUAUUAAUCAACACCAAAAUCCCCCC